AUGUCCAAGACCAUGAUACCGGCGUUGUUCGCCGCCACGAUCCCCUUCCUCAUCUUAUCUAUUGUCUUUGCAUGCCUGAGGUUCUACUGCAAGCGACUCAAACAGGCCAAAUUCUUUGUAGACGACUAUCUGUUGAUCAUUUCUUGGUUUCUUUUGUUUGGUCAAACCGUUAUUAUACUUUGGUCAACACAAUACGGGCUGGGAAUUCCUCCUGCCAAGCUCGACAUGAAGAAAGUUCCCACCUUGGUCGCCUGGACGCCCACGGCACUGUUCCUGGCUCUCAACGCAGCAGGCCUGUCGAAACUGUCCUUCUUCAUCACCUUGAUUCGAGUCUCUUCGAAGCGGUGGCAGAAAAUCGCUCUGUGGGUGGUGGCGAUUCACUCGACUAUCUUGGUGGUCGGCACAUCGAUCCUGGGAUUUGUCGAUUGUAAUUUCUAUCGGAGAAAAGACCCGCUGCAUCAUGACCAUUGUGUCCCUGAGAAGGUCGGCAAGAUCUUGGCUCUCACCGUCUUGAUGCACGGGGCUGUCGUUGAAUUCUGUUUAUCCUUUGUGCCCGCCAUGUUGCUGUGGAACUUGGAAAUGAAGCGGCGAGAAAAGAUCGGUCUCAUCUGCGCUAUGAGCCUAGGAUUCAUUUCCAGUAUCCUAGCAGCACUAAAGACAAAAGACCAUUGGAAGGCCGUUUUUGGGGGUACGGGAAUGCCUAACACGUAUAUCCUCGGACGCGAGGCAGUGUUUGGGAUCACGGAGGUGUGCAUGACCAUCAUCGCCGCCUGUAUCCCUUUCUUGCGCCCGUUGCUGCACAAGUUUGUGGACGGCAAAGGAAGGGUCGAGAUGCCGUUGGCGCUGAAGAACAUGGCUGCAGACAGUAGUAGUAACGGUGCCUCUGACAUGGGGCACCCGCACACUCGGCUCGGAAGCUCAAGCACCUUUACGACGACGAAACAUGGCGGCGCUCGAGAGGAGGAUGCUGUUGCCAUUCUCGAGGCUGAAAGUGUGGCAGAACAUGACAGCCAGGACGCAGAGUCCAACGAAUCAGGAACCAUUGUGCGCAAGACGCACGUGAGCGUACAAUAUAGACCCAGAGAGGUACACGAGGGGGAAUGCCGAGGUCAUUGUGACGUUGGUGUAUCUGGGCCAGGUGAAAACUGA